CCUCGACCUCCCUUCUGCUUUGGAUCUGGCCUUCGUUGACUGCUUCUUUCUUCACUUCGCCUCUGCCAGCUGACCUCGAGUCUUAUUGCAGAUCGAUCGCCGAAUCUACAUCUGCAAGGCCAUAGCACCAAUGCAAUAAUGGACGUUCGCCUAUGAAGUGAAUACUGCUCAUCUCCCAAAGCCCAGGCAUUUCCCAUGUACCGCGGAGAAAGCGUAUAUCAGUCUUACCGAAUACUUCCACCGCCCCUGGCACUCCACGUCACAAAGACCAUUUCGUGACACACAUUUACUCCAAAAGCCGCCCCUUUCCCCCCGCAAAGAGGCAAUGCCUGACACUCCGUCUCGACCGACUCGCCCAAGGACAUUGACCAGAAUUGUCACUAAUGCUGCCAUUUCCCUGCAAAAGACUCUUAGCGGAGGUACCGGCGAGGAUGGCGACAUUGCAUCUUGGAACCCGGCCUUGGGGGAUGGCCCCGACGAUUCCUCUCUAACACCAGCUCCUCCUUCAUCAACACAGAAUGGCAAACAGAUGGCUGUGGAUUUUCGGAAAAGUGGUGAGCUGGGAUGGAGGAAAUAUGUCAAGUACUUCACGCCAUCCUGGUUCACGGUGACCAUGGGCACUGGUGUCGUGGCGAGCCUUCUCAACCAGUUCCCAUACAAUGCGAGAUGGCUCUACUGGCUCUCCGUCAUCGUGUUCUGCCUCAACAUCGGCCUCUUCACCUUUUUCAUCUUCGUAUCCAUUCUCCAGUUUGUUCUGUUUCCCAAGACAUGGAUCACGAUAAUCGAGCGGCCCAAUCAAGCAUUCUUCUUGAGUAGCAUACCAGUGAGUCUUGGGACUAUCGUCAAUAUGAUGGUGUUUGUCUGCGCUCCCUCGUGGGGCAAAUGGGUCGUUUAUCUCGCAUGGGGGUUGUGGAUGGCCGACGCAGCCGUGUCACUGCUGUGUGCCCUGUUUCUACCCUUUCUGCUCGUCAUCAAACGACAAGAAGAAACACCUCUGUCGACGAUUACCGCUUUACAGACUUUCCCCGUCAUCGGAACAGUGGUCGCAUCCGCCACCGCGGCUUUGGUUGCAGAUGUCUUGCCCGACGAAGAGCAAGCUCUAGUCACAGUCAUCAUCGGCUAUGUUCUUUGGGGUGUCGGCGUCCCUUCGGCGAUAUUCAUUCUCAUCACCUACUGGCAACGCUUGACUAUCCACAAACUCCCACCACGCGAGGUGAUUGUGUCCUGUUUCAUUCCGUUGGGCCCUUUGAACAUGGGUGCUUUUGCCAUCAUGAAGCUCGGGAACGUCGCGAUGAAAGUUUUCCCUUUGACGGAGACUAUCCAUCCUCUGGCGGGAGAUUUGGCAUACAAUUUCGGAGUGCUUUUAUCCUUGAUCUUGUGGGGUUUCACCUUGUUGUGGCUCUUUCUUGCCGUUGCAACGAUAUACCAUUGCAAGCAUUUCCCAUUCAAUAUGGGCUGGUGGGGGUAGGUUUUUCAUCGCGAGAAUACCCCGUUCCAGAAAACCUGGCGACUCACGGUGGAUAGGUUCACCUUCCCGAUCGGCACAUUCGCUCUUUCGAGCAAUACACUCGCGAAAGAGAUCCCCUCUCGAUUUUUUCGAGUCAUUGGAUCUGUAAUGCUCCUGCUCCUUGGUGUCUCUUCAUGUCACCUGGCUAACUAUUGCAAUGACAGAUAACCUCUGUCUGUGUAUUCCUGCUUUGGCUUCUUGUCAUAUACGCCACCCUUAGAGAUCUCAUAACAGGCGGACAGCGAUUAUUCAAGACACCUACAAGAGCCGUGCCCAAUAUUGAAGAUAAAGGCCCCGACAAAUUUGACGAUGCAGCGGAGACCAAGCUUGUGUGAGGAUCGAAAACGACGAGUCGGGUAUAGCAAUGCUAUGUACACAACUCUCAAGCCCCCGACACGAACAGAUAGGUCGGAGGCUUUCGUUUUUCCCGGAUGGAGACCGCCUCAUCUUGCAGAGUGCAGAGCUUUGCAUGUACUUGAUCCACAGAAGACUGCCAUGAACAGUCUUGAAAGAUGAAGACUCUCGUCCUAGAGUAGGACCUGUCCGAACCCAUCGAGAAGCGAACUGUCGAAAACUGCCCAACCUUUCCGUCGGGUUGGCGUCCUAUCUGCUGGCACGUCUGGAGAGACAACUCAGCCGCGAUCAAGUAUCGUUCAGCUGUGACGAUUGGAGGCGGCUCCUGUUUCUGGUGGAGUCAAGUCAGAGUGCAGGACAUUAGCCGCUACGGCGCGACCGCAGGUAUUGGUGGAGGGUGAAUGCUUCAGCUGGCUAGAUUGGUCUUUGUAACGGCCUCAGCAUUUAUGGCAGACAGUCGUAAGUAUUCAGAACUGCCUGGCGCGCGUUCCAGCUGUCGUCACCGAGAAAUGAUCUCAUGGCCGAACCUCUUGUCCUUCCUGCCGUCGAACAUGAGGUCGGUGGCCCGCAUGUCAGUCAAAUCAGGGCCUGUUCUUCGUUCUCGGAAUCGGUAGUCAAUCAUGUCUCUUCCCUCCCUUCGCUUUGGCGAUCCCAGUGUAUAGAUGGCGUCACGGGACAUGCCUCGGGUCGCGUGUGCCAGAAUCCCACAUGUCUUGGUAUUCCUUGUGCUAAAA